CAAGAAACAGAACAAGUUGUGUAUUACAACAUAAAAUUAUACUCGCCAUCCGUUCACUGACAUUGACACGAGCGUAUAAAAUCGAUAAAUAAACUCAUAAUUCUAUGAAUUACUGUCGCCUUUCAUAACAGCCUAGCUUACAAUAAACAAAAAUUUCAAAAGAUGAACAGAGUCAAAGGUCAACGCCGCCUAAUGGCGUGUUAAUUCCCGUUCUAACAAUUUUGACAAUGAUCAACAGAAACAACGCAAAUCAUGUUGUCUCUUCUUCUUCCUCUGAUCUCACUCUUAUUCCAAAUCCAAUGCUUUACCGUUAAGUCGCAACCGGUUCCGUUAAACCAAAUAUGCUCAAACGUCACAGGCAACUUCACCGUUAACACCCCUUACGCCGUCAACCUCGACCGUCUCAUCUCCUCUUUAUCAUCUCUCCAAAGUAACGAUAACGGAUUUUACAACAUUUCAGUCGGAGACUCCGACGAAAAAGUCAACGCAAUCUCACAGUGUAGAGGCGAUGUCAAACCUGAAGAUUGCAUCAAUUGCAUCGCAAUGGCUGGAAAAAGACUUGUCACGUUGUGUCCGGUUCAGAAAGAGGCGAUUAUUUGGUAUGAAAAAUGCACGUUUCGGUACUCAAACCGAACGAUCUUCAAUAGAUUGGAGAUUUUCCUUCACACAAGCAUAACCGGGACAAGAAACUUCACCGGAGAUCGCGAUGCUUGGGAGAAAUCAUUAAGGGGUUUACUCGAAGGGCUUAAAAACAGAGCCUCUGUUAUUGGUCGUAGCAAGAAGAAUUUUGUUGUCGGCGAAACGAGCGGGCCGUCAUUUCAGACAUUGUACGGUCUGGUUCAGUGCACACCCGAUAUUUCGGAAGAGGAUUGUUCCUAUUGUUUGUCUCAGGGUAUUGCAAAGAUCCCAAGCUGUUGUGAUUUGAAAAUGGGUAGUUAUGUGUUGUCUCCUAGCUGUAUUGUGGCUUAUGCUACCUGGAGAUUCUAUGAUCCAGUGGACACUGAUGAGCCAAGCUCAGUUGUGCAAGGGGAUAAAAACAGAGGUGUACCUCCUAAAGCUUUGAUCUUUGCUGCUGCUUCAGUUGCUAUUGUUGUCUUACUUAUAGUAUUCUUAGUCGUUUUCCUAAGGCUGAGAAGGAAGAAGAAGAACAAAAAUUCGGAACAUAGACAUGAAAAUGAAAAUAUUAGCACGGAUUCAAUGAGAUUUGAUUUCAGUGUAUUACAAGAUGCAACAAGUUAUUUUUCAUUAGAAAAUAAACUUGGAGAAGGUGGAUUCGGAGCAGUUUAUAAGGGUGUGCUUUCUGGUGGACAAAAAAUAGCGGUGAAAAGGUUGUCCAAAAAUGCACAACAAGGUGAAACCGAAUUCAAAAACGAGUUCUUGUUGGUGGCUAAGCUUCAACAUCGUAAUCUCGUGAAGCUCUUAGGUUACUCAAUAGAAGGAACUGAAAGGCUUCUUGUCUAUGAGUUCCUCCCACACACUAGUCUCGACAAGUUCAUCUUCGAACCGAUCCAGGGCAAGCAAUUGGAGUGGGAUAUUAGAUACAAAAUCAUUGGAGGUGUAGCUCGAGGACUUCUUUAUCUUCAUCAAGAUUCUCGUCUGCGGAUUAUACACCGUGAUCUUAAAGCUAGUAACAUAUUAUUAGACGAGGAAAUGACCCCAAAAAUUGCAGAUUUUGGAAUGGCUAGGCUAUUCGAUAUGGACCACACAACUCAACGCUACACAAAUAGGAUCGUUGGGACUUUUGGAUACAUGGCUCCAGAGUAUGUAAUGCACGGCCAGUUCUCGUUUAAGACAGAUGUUUACAGUUUCGGAGUUUUGGUUCUUGAGAUCAUCAGUGGUAAGAAAAACAGUUGUUUCAGCAAUGAGGACAGCAUGGAAGAUCUCCUUAGCUUUGCUUGGAGAAAUUGGAAGGAAGGCGUUGCUUUGAAUCUUGUGGACAAGAUCUUGAUGACAAUGUCGAGUUAUUCAUCGAACAUGAUCUUGAGAUGCAUAAACAUUGGUCUUCUUUGUGUCCAAGAUAACGUUUCAGAGAGGCCAAGCAUGGCUUCGGUUCUUCUGAUGUUAGAUGGACAUACUAUUGCUCUUUCAGAACCAUCAAAACCUGCAUUUUUCUCACACAGCAAUGCGGUAUCAGAUAGUUCUUCUUCUUUAGGACAUAAUGCAAAAACUUCAAAUUAUAAUUCCAACACUGAGUUGUAUCCUCGGUGAGUUUGUCUGGAAACUGAGAUUAAGAUUUUCAAGAUGAUGAAUCAUGUGAUUUUGAUUAGAUUUGAGUCCAACUCACUGUAAGUGAGGAAAAAGAGUGUUACAAGUCUCUGUUUCACUUUCAAGGAGAGAUGUUUCUAAGUCAUCUCAUCUCUUGAAGAAAAGUAAUUGGGAAAAAAAUGUACAAAAUCAUUGACAAAAAAGGUUAUUUGAGUGAGUCAUGAUCAGUUGAAGCGAGAAGCAAGCUCAAUAAAAAUUUCUUCACUGCAAGGGAUUGUGAGGCCACCCAUUGGAUGAUCAAAUCCAAACUCUUCCUCUGCCUUUCUUAAUAGAUCUUGAAAUGAAGGCUGGUUCAAGUAAGAAACCGGAACUACAAAUCUCUUCAUCUUUUGUUCUCCUACGUAAACCGCUAAGUAGCCUUUUGGAACAUCAAGAGAGCUAGAGGAAGAAGAUGACAACAGUUUCGCUUGUCGGAGAAUCUGCCUCGAUGAUUGCAGCACACGAGGGAUUCUGAUCGCCAUGGAUUGUCUUGUGUGUGUUCUUUAAUUGUAAGUUAAAUGCUUUAUUGGAAAAUCUGAGAACUUGCAGAGCUUAAAGGAGUCAGUGAUGAGUAUAUAUAGAUAAGAACAUUACUUGAAGAUAACCCUUUAUUGGCUUAGAAAGUUUCAGCUCAUAAAUUUACACCAACAAGCACAUGGCUUUGCCGGACCACGGCAUGAUAAGUAAGGGCCCUAGAGUGAUCAAUCUUCAUGAUUUCUGAUGUGAAGACAGAAAUCAAUAUGACCACUUGUUUGUUAGAUAAACACUAUAACUAGUCAAAUUUUCAAUUCUAUGCCACAGAAAUUUUGAAGGGUUUUGUGACUUUGUCAGUAUAUAAUCAAAUCAUGUGGUCCUGUCUUUUGAAUAUCAUUGAGAAGAAGUUAUGACUUAAUCAGUGAUAGAGACUUACGGUUCAUUAGGUACACAACUUCAGGUCCCUACAUAAUCUACAGAGAGAUUUGGCAUGUGAUGUCUUUGAGACAAAUAAGCCCCAAUGAGGUUAUCAUGUAGGACAUCAUUAGACACUAACUUCUCAGACACCAUUUAUUGAUUUGUUCUUGGUUUAGUAUCUACAACCCAAAGCCAUGUGCUCUGUAAUGAAAGAACCAAAAAUACUUAAAUUUCUGAUAAUUUCUUUCAUACGUUCGUUUAUAUAACAAGUAACUGAAAACCCUUUUGAUUCACAAACUAAAAGAAAAUCCAAUUUUAAAAUCUCAAAGCUUUCUCCAAGAAUAAGAAAUAUUUAAGCUUAAACCCAUAAUCAAGCUUCAGGACAAGAUAACAAAAAGAUGGCUUUUUUGAGGAGUUUCUUGGGUGCUAAGCAAAUUAUGCGAAGGGAAUCAUCGUCGACACCAAGAGGAUUCAUGGCGGUGUAUGUAGGAGAGAAUGAUCAGAAGAAGAAGAGAUAUGUGGUGCCGGUUUCAUAUUUAAACCAGCCUCUGUUUCAAGAACUGUUGAGUAAAUCCGAGGAAGAGUUUGGUUAUGAUCAUCCUAUGGGCGGCUUAACCAUACCAUGUCAUGAAUCUUUGUUCUUCACAGUCACAUCUCAGAUUCGAUGAAGUAGUACAACAACAUUUCCAUUUUUUUUAGAUUGUUAGCUAAUUUCCCCUGGAAAUAAUUGUAAAUUGUUUCAAUGAGAGGAAUAUACCUAGAGCGUACAUGAUUCA